CCGAGUUGGCAGCCCCCUGAUGCUAGCUGAUGUUUACGUUUAAUCGUGGUGUUUUUUGUAUGAUCGUGAUAUUUUGUUUAAUUGUGGGUCGGACGGGUGUAGAUGUGUGAAAUGUGGUGAUGUUAUGUGAUGUGUUAUGAAUAAGGGUAUACAUGCGUGGGUUGUGUGUGGAGGGUGUGGAUGAAGCCCUGAUACGUAUCGGCUCUCUCCAAAACCGCCCAUAACAGCCCAUAACAAACUAUACUAUAUAAUUGAUUUGACUGGUAUAUAAGAGAAACAUGUUUACACUGCGUCGUCUCAGUCAGCGCCUAUAUCCAAAGCAGAUACAGCAUUUGAAAAUGUCACAGAUCGGUGAACUCGGCAGUGGUGCCGGCAAGGGUGGCGGCGGGGGCUCCAUCCGCGAAGCUGGCGGAUCUUUUGGCAAAAUGGAGGCUGCCCGCGAAAAGGAGUUCUUUCACAAGCAGCAAAAAGAGCAGCUUAAGAACUUAAAGACCAAGACGGAAGUCAAGACUCCAGAGCCGGCCAAGAAAUGAGCAAUUUAAUCAACCAACAGAUUUGUAUUUAUUGAAAAUCUUUGUUAAAAAUAUAUACUAUGUAUGUUUAAA